GUGGCCUAGCGGUGUGACUUCUGGGGAGGCACUGGCAGCCGAGGCUCGGGGGAGCUGGGCAGAGGAGCUGGUGAGCCAUGGCAGCGGCGGUGGCGGCAGCGGCAGCAGUGCGGACCCGGAUCCUGCAGGUUUCUGCUAAAGUAAACUCCACAUGGUACCCAGCAUCCUACUUAUCAUCAUCAUCAGUGCCAACUGUAAAACUCUUCAUUGAUGGGAAAUUUGUUGAAUCCAAAAGCGACAAAUGGAUUGACAUCCACAACCCAGCCACCAAUGAGGUCAUCGGCCGGGUCCCUCAGUCCACCAAGGCUGAAAUGGCGGCAGCUGUUGCUGCCUGCAAACGUGCUUUCCCUGCCUGGGCAGACACAUCCAUCUUAAGCCGUCAGCAGGUCCUGCUCCGCUAUCAACAACUUAUCAAAGAAAACCUGAAAGAAAUUGCCAGGUUAAUCACAAUGGAACAAGGGAAGACUCUAGCUGAUGCUGAAGGAGAUGUAUUCCGAGGCCUUCAGGUGGUUGAGCAUGCCUGUAGUGUGACAUCCCUCAUGCUGGGAGAGACCAUGCCAUCUAUCACCAAAGACAUGGACCUUUAUUCCUACCGUCUGCCUCUGGGCGUGUGUGCAGGCAUUGCCCCGUUUAAUUUUCCUGCCAUGAUCCCCCUUUGGAUGUUUCCCAUGGCUAUGGUCUGUGGAAAUACUUUCCUAAUGAAACCAUCAGAGCGAGUACCUGGAGCAACUAUGCUUCUUGCUAAGUUGCUUCAGGAUUCUGGUGCCCCCGAUGGAACACUGAACAUCAUCCAUGGACAACAUGAAGCUGUAAAUUUUAUUUGCGAUCAUCCAGACAUCAAAGCAAUCAGCUUUGUGGGCUCCAACCAGGCAGGAGAGUACAUCUUUGAAAGAGGGUCAAGAAAUGGCAAGAGGGUUCAGGCCAAUAUGGGAGCCAAAAACCAUGGGGUAGUCAUGCCAGAUGCCAAUAAGGAAAACACUCUCAACCAGCUGGUCGGGGCCGCAUUUGGAGCUGCUGGCCAACGCUGCAUGGCUCUUUCAACAGCCAUCCUUGUAGGGGAAGCCAAGAAGUGGCUGCCAGAGCUGGUGGAGCGGGCCAAAAAUCUGCAAGUCAAUGCAGGAGACCAGCCUGGAGCUGAUCUAGGCCCUCUGAUCACUCCCCAGGCCAAAGAGCGAGUCUGCAAUCUGAUCGAUAGUGGAAAAAAAGAGGGAGCUUCCAUCCUUCUGGAUGGGCGAAAAAUUAGAGUCAAAGGCUAUGAAAAUGGUAACUUUGUUGGACCAACCAUCAUCUCCAAUGUCAAGCCAAGUAUGACCUGUUACAAAGAAGAGAUUUUUGGUCCAGUUCUUGUGGUUCUGGAGACGGACACAUUGGAUGAAGCGAUCAAGAUUGUAAAUGACAAUCCAUAUGGAAAUGGAACAGCCAUCUUCACCACCAAUGGGGCCACUGCACGGAAAUAUUCUCACCUGGUGGACGUCGGACAGGUGGGCGUGAAUGUCCCCAUUCCAGUGCCUCUGCCAAUGUUUUCCUUCACCGGCUCUCGAUCUUCCUUCAGGGGAGAUACCAAUUUCUAUGGCAAACAGGGCAUCCAGUUUUACACUCAGCUAAAGACUAUUACAUCUCAGUGGAAAGAAGAGGAUGCUACUCUUUCCUCACCUGCCGUAGUCAUGCCUACCAUGGGGCGUUAGAAGCAAGUUCUUCCAGACUCAGUCCAACCUGAGUAAUUUCCCAUCAUUCUUGACUACCUUCACUUGCCAUCUUUGCUCAGAUCAGAUCCAUGGGAUUGGAGUAUGUUACAACUCUCAGAACUGUCAGUCCCUUCAUAGUAAUAGGGAGACUACAGGAAACACCAUGCUGAGUCUGGACCUGCUCUGCAUCCUUCUGUUCUGACUACAGGGAAACACUAUGCUGGGUCUGGACUUGUUCUGCAUCCUUCUAUUCUGCGGGUAAUUGUGAAGUGUUUACCUGGAGUCAGAGCUUAGACCUGUCUUCUAACAGCUCUCUUGAUGACUUGGAGGGGAAUGGCGGCAUGGGGACAGAUCUCCUAAUUAUUGGAAGGACUCUUGGGUAGGGACGGAGAGUAGAAACAGUUCACCCUCUGGUUGAGCCUCAAACACAGCCCUCCAUGAUUCCCACACUACGUAAGAUUUAACCUAUUUUUCUUAUCCAAACAUUUUAAGCACUGCUUCUUUUCUGCUCAGUGGCCCUUUCUUCUCAUUUUGAUUCAUGACUACUACUUAAUUC